CUGUGAGGUAAAUUUUCCAACGAAUAAAGGCGAUCGUAUCUAAAGACAUUAUUUUCGUAUUUGAUGUGUUUUUUUUUUAAUAACAAUAACAGUAUCAUAUCCUUUGUUUUUGUUUUUAUUUUAACAAACAUCGUUAUGAGUCUUAUAGCCCGCAUAACACCAUUAGGGUUAACAUCAUCGUGUGUUUAGCAAUACUACAUGGACAGAAGUAAGUUACGAGAUGCUUUAAAGCUUGAUUUCUUGAUUCAAGAGAUUAAAGGUUUGGAAAAUUUGCCAAGUAGUGACGUAAGUGAUACGAACGAAGAUGACAACGAUAUAAGCAUUACUGACGAUGGACCAGUUUUCUGUCCAAGUGGCCUUGGUACUAGUUUAGAUACUGUUAUCAAAACAGAUAGACAAUGGUUAAAAGAUAUUAUAUGUGAUGAAUCAUCAGAUUCUGAAACUGAUGAUGAAUAUUUAGAACACGAACUUCGCCUGCGAAAUUCUGUUAAGUUUUAUAGAAAAACUCUUCAAGCUGACCCGUAUUUAUCAAAAUACAUGUACUUUGGCUCGGAUGUGCACACGGGAGAUGAAAAGUGGUUCACUAAUUUUGAAAGUGUUGUCGGUAAAUAUAAACUAAAAGGAAACAAAUCCAGAAAACCUGGGAAAUCAAGGGAGGAUCUCUCUGAACUGGAUUUGGAGAUGCAUGAUGCAUUUAUGUCGCCAAAAUUUAAACUUGAGCAAAGAUUUACAAGUAAUAGUCAGUGGCAUUUGCUUGGGCAAAACAUGCAAUUCAACAUGAAUUUAGUUCGGCAAAGGGUGUGGAAAACUAUAGCAAAAAGAGAAAUUCCAAAAGCCCACAAGCAACGCUGUCGCAAUCAAGUUGCAAAAAUAUCAUCAUUAAAAAAGCUUUGCAAAGAAACGGCACAGUAUGUACGGAACAAGUCAAAAACAAAGUUAUCAAAAGAGGCAGCAACAAAUUCUUCUAGACGUCAAAUGCGAGAACAUGGUUUAAAACAAAUACCACCAGAGAGGUGUAAGAAAAGGCAGACAAAAAAAGCUGUCACAACCUGAUACCUGUUUUAAUAAACACUGUAUUUAUCCCAAUUUCUAACCACAUUAUUUUUCAUAUCUAGACCUUUUGGAAUUUUUAUUGUUUUAGGACAAUUUUGGGGAAACUGGUAAUUAUAAAAAGGAAAAGAUUUUCUGACUAAAUUUGAUGAAGGAACCGUUAUUUUAUCCUUAAGUCUUGAAAAGAAAAACAACAAAAUUCCGUCGUUAACACAAACAAAGACAGUGUCUGUUGAAGCAAUUUUCUCUAGUUUGGCAAGCAAGUACAUCUCCAGGCAGGAAGGUCUCUGUCUUUACAAACCACAGCUUGACUUCAACUUUGAUCCACCGUGGGACCCCAGCUAGCACCUCCUGGGCAUAUUUUUAGUUCGUUGUGUAUAUAACAUCACCUAAUUUUGCAGAUAUAAAGCUUUUGUGUACCACACUUAUCAACUUUUCCAAACAUUUUCACCCAAACAAAAUGAAGCAAGAUUGUAGUGUUGAAACUUCUGCUGUUGAAAUAUACCCAACAAUAAACACCAGUGAAAUCAUUGCAUCCAAGAUUUUAAAUGAUGGACGUGAGGACCAUGAUAAUGGCUUUUUCAUAUGUGAUCUUGGCGAUGUUAUGAAAAAAUAUAUCCGCUGGCAGAAGAAUUUCCCCAGGGUCAUUCCUCAUUAUGCAAUCAAAUGCAAUCCAGAUGAAAUCCUUCUUAAGAUGUUAAUUGGUCUCGGCACUGGCUUUGACUGUGCAAGCAAGUCGGAAAUUCGGCAAAUGCUCGCCCUUGGUGCGCGACCGGAACAAAUCAUUUUUGCAAAUCCGUGCAAGCAAGCCUCUCAUGUGAGGUAUGCCAGAGAUAACAAUGUCAAGAGAAUUGUAUUUGACAAUGUUGAAGAACUGAUCAAAAUGAAGAAGAAUUUUCCAACAGCAGAUCUAGUUCUUCGCAUCCAAACUGACGAUUCUCAAUCCAUCUGCCGCUUCAGCAUGAAGUAUGGCGCUCAUCCUGAUGUAUGCAAACAACUGCUGGAUACUGCUCACAAAAUGAAUCUGAACGUUGUGGGAAUAAGCUUCCACGUUGGCAGUGGUUGCCAGGAUGUACAAGCGUUCGUCAAAGCCUUGCAGAACGCGCGGGUCCUGUUUGAUUAUGCAGAGUGCAUCGGAUAUAAGCUCAACCUGCUUGACAUUGGUGGCGGAUUCCCUGGAACUGAAGACGUGAAUUUAAAGUUUGAAGAGAUUGCAUCCGUUGUCAACAUGACACUGAAAGAGCUAUUUCCAAUGGAGGAAUUUCCGCACGUGGAUGUAAUAGCAGAGCCAGGUCGGUAUUUCGCAGCUUCGGCUUACACAUUGGCAUCCAACAUUAUCGCAAAGCGCGAAGUAAUGCGAGACGUAACCGAAGAAACAGUUUGCGAACAAACAGGGCACACCGAUACAAUUGAAAACCGAUCUUCACCAACACGGUGUGACGAACCAGCUUACAUGUAUUACAUCAAUGAUGGCUUGUACGGAUCCUUCAAUUGCUUGUUCUAUGACCACGCUCAUGUGACGCCAAAACUCCUCAAGGAGCCAAGUGAAAUAGACAUGCUAUACUCGUCCAGUGUGUGGGGUCCGACAUGCGAUGGUUUAGAUCGCAUAUGCGAGCUUGUUCAGUUGCCUCAACUGGAUGUUGGAAACUGGAUUUUGUGGGAGGACAUGGGCGCUUAUACCAUGGCAGCCGGUUCUUCAUUCAAUGGUUUCAAAACUAGCAAGGUUUAUUAUGUGAUUUCGGAUCUCGAGAACAAUUUGCUGCAGGAUCAAAUUGCAAAGAAGGAAUUACCUGGCGUCGUCUUCGGACCUGCAUCUGUAGAUGAUACCAGCAGCUCUGAGGACGAACCGUGUGGCGAUAUAGAUACUUUCUACAACAAGCAAUUGUCGUCCUACCCGUCCUUGUUGACCAAGAUGCAAUGUACGAAGCUUGUCGUAUCCCAGUUGAAGUUUAGAAUUUAUAACAUGAUUUUAAGGUGCUAUGGUUUCAGCAACACGUUCACACUGGUCUUAACUUUCGUUUGGGUUAAACACUCGUUAAAAGCACGAAUUCUUAGAAAUGUAAUAUCAUUAUCUAAAUUGUGUACACAACUGUCUUUUAUCUGCAAAAUUUGGUGAUAUUAUAUCACAUAAUGAAUGUGUACAUAUAUGUGCGUGCUUGUGUGUGUGUGUGUGUGUGUGUGUGUGCUUGUGUGUUUCGAAACCAUGUCACACGUCAUCAGUUUCCUCAAAACAUGAAUAACCAAACGCAGUAAAACUGCAAUUAACGAUAAUUCUACUUAUUUAGCUAAUGAUCAACUGUAAUAUAGAUGAUUUUGUAUAUAACACCCGUAAUGCCAACCAACGUUCUGCGAUUUGAUGAUGGUUUUCGUUUAAUUUCUUCAUAUACUUGGUAAAAGGUCUUAUUAGUUUUAAAUCUGUGGUUUUGAUUUCGUUUGGUGUUUAUUUACACGGAUUUUACCAGGGUAACCUGUAGAUUGAAUAUUUGGAUUUUGUAAAUACAUAAAUUUGUUGCGUA